UUGUUUUUAAAGUCAAGAGACUUUAAAGAUAAUUUUGGUAUUGUUUUUAAAAAUACAAAUAAAACUUACGAAAGAUUUGGGUUUGUCUCUAUCAACAUCUGAGCAAAAUGUUAAAGAGUCCUGGAAAGAUGGCUGUGCACCUUGGAGCACGUUUACCUUUCGGUUUCAACCACUUGAGUGUACCAAGGCGAAAUUAUAUAUCUUCAGCCUCAAGUCAAGUCUUCAAGUCAAAAGAACAUAGUUUUACAACUCAAAACAACAAUUUGAUGACCUAUGGAGGAUUUUUACGGCGGCACAGCUAUAGCACCGAAUCGGCAUCCACACCGACUGCAACGACUAUCAAAUUAAGUAAACGGGAGCAACUCAAGCGGGCAUUCAAGGAAUAUGGAGCUACCAUAGUGGUCUUUCAUGUAGGAAUUUCCGUGAUUUCGCUGGGCUGUUUCUAUGCACUUGUCUCAAGUGGAAUCAAUCUGGUGCCUAUUCUGGAAUACCUUGGAAUAGGAUCCUCCGCUAUUACCGAGAAAGUAGCCACAGGAAGCACCUUUGUUGUGGCCUUUGCCGUUCACAAAGUCUUUGCGCCCGCCAGGAUUAGCAUCACUUUGGGCACCACACCAUUUAUUGUCCGCUAUUUGCGAUCCAAAGGACUUUUAAAGCCAACAACCAAAGGCACUUAGUACCUAACGAUCGUGUUAAAUUUAAGCUAUUGCUAUCAAAUA